UUUCAGUUGAGUUCAGUUGCCGUUUGGGCUGCGUGCGCGUUUUGCGUGUUUUUCGUUCGCCGUUUUUCCGUUAUUUUCCUUUUUGUUUUUGCCUCGUGACGUUUCGGUUUCGGUUUUGGUUUCUUUUCUUUUCAUUUCUUUUUUGGUAUAAUUUUUAAAAAAAAAAUUUUUAAUUACUUUUCGGUCUGCAACGCAUUUUUUUCGGUUGAAAACUUUAUGCAGAUCAUAAUCUAUAAGAAUAUCAAGACUAUAUGCCGCAUAUCUGUGCCGAUCUCAAAGCGUGUUCUCAUCGAGUAGUAACCAAAUUGGAGGCGCACCUUGAACAACGUUAGCAACAUGUGUGUCUAAAGAGUGUGUCCCGAACAUUGUGUGUGUGUGUGCGUGUGUGUGAGUGUUGAUAAUGAGUGAGAAACGCGUGGAGGAUCCUCCACUGCCACAUGAACUCACCGCAGAGUGGACUGUGCGCGCACAGUUGACAUUCGCACGGGGCGGGGAACCGGUGCAGCAGGAGUACAAUGCACAGGAUCCUCUGCAUCCGGUGCGAGUUGUCUACAAGUGGUGCACGCCCGAGGCGGAACAGGAGAAGGCAACGGCUGCCACAAGCUUUCGCAGCACCAACUCAUCGGCCACGUAUGCGGACUCGGCUUUUGGCAGUCCGCAGGCAUCGAGAGUGACGCAGGCACCGCAGGUGGAGGCACCAGCUGGUGGCGUUACGGCUCAGGUGUGUGGCACACGUUGCCGCAGCACCUGCAACAUUGUCGUCUCGGCCGUGGCAGACUUUCUGCCCGAACAGCUGGAGACGUUGAACGAGCCGUUUGUCUAUCACAGCAAAGUGCGAGCACAGCAGCUGCGCGAUGCCUAUUCACAGACCAGCGAUACGGAGGAGCAACGACUGCAACAACAACAGCAGCAGCAGCAACAGUUGAAGCGUCGGCCCGCCGCCUACGAUCAGCGACGUGCCACAACCGAGUCGCUGAUGAACUUCUCGAGCCGGCGGCAUGCGGAGGAGGCGAACACCUUUGUGCCAACCUACUCGCCCACGCCAACCACGCCCUCGUCCACAUUCAAGUCAACGUCGCUGCCACGCAUACCACAAUUGCCGGCAACGCCGUCGCCACGUCUGCCCAAUCUGGGCGAGAAGAAGCCACGCACUGUGCACAUCGAUGUCUACUGCACUGGGUCCGAGGAGGAUGAGGAUGAGCUGCAGGCGGAUGCCGACGCGUCUAGCUCCGAUUCGGAGGCGGACAGCAAGCAGCAUCUGUAUGAGUUGGACUCUAAUUCCACGCCACAAACGGUGCUCGACAAUGAGCAGAUGCUGCUGCGUCAUCAGCGCAUUUCCAGCGGCGCUUUGCCGCGUCGCCUUGCACAAAAGUCACCUCAACCAGGAGGAGGAGCUGCCAAGCAGCAGCAACAGCAACAACCACAACAAUUGAACCUCGGACAUGGCAUCACGAAGUGCAGCACAGCCGAGGAGAUCAUCGAAUCUAAACAGAUGCUCUUUCGCCAGCACAUUGGCGAUCAGCGAGCUGUCAAGUUGUCUAAUCUUCGCCAGAAAUACCAGCGUCAGCCCAGCGACGAGACACAGAGCAGCUCGUAUCCCAAUUCCUCGCGUUCCACAAUGCCCAGGGAUGCCACUUGCAGCAGCGUGUCGAGUGUGCUCGCUGGCGACUGUGUAGACUCCUCCUGGAAGGAGACAGAUGAACUUGACACGCCUAGUUUGCCAGCGUUUGCUGCGCUCACCAAAUCCGAUAGUUUUGACUAUGAGAACUCGUUGGAUCGUGUGCGCAUCAGGCAAAUGGAACGCCUUUGGUCGCGACAACACUCCUUGGAGCAGCCGCCAACACAACCGACAACAGCGAUGCCUUUGUCGACGUCACCGCAUCCACACCUGACGACCAUCACGGAGGUGCAGUCGCAGCGUGGCUUGUUUCAGCGCAGCGAUACUCUGCCUUCGGAAUCGGAUGCCUUCUCUGAGUCCAACAUGGGUUUCAGCACGUAUCCCGGACGGCAGGUGCAUCAGAUGUUGCAUCUGCAACGCAAUCGUCCCGGAUUCCUGCAGUUCUUUGGUCCGCCUGCCAGUCCCGAGCCAACGCCAUUGCAAACGCCGCCACAGACGGCACCAGUGACGAGUGUAACGGGCGCUGCUGCCGCUGGUAUCGAUCCUUUCAAGCGACUGCAUCCGGGGUAUCGCUGGAAGAGCGAGGCACGCGACAAUCUCAGCGUGCAAGCGGCACCCGGUUCGCCUUCGUCGGAACGCAGUUCUCCACAGCUGCUCUCGGCAGCCAGCACAGUGCUGAGAUGCGGCAGUGAGGCACCGCCCAGCACUACAUCAGCCACUACUUUUGGCACUGUAAUGCCGUCUCCAUUGUUGCCGCGACGCUUUGACAUCUCACGCGACAGUCCGAGCUUGGCCAGCGAGACGUCUGUGGUCUCGGGCUACACCCAGGAGCAUUUGGAGAAAACGCGUCGCUUUGGCAAUGUGGUUGCCAUGCGCAAACCGGGACAUCAUGUCGGUCCCACCAAGAAUCCCAACUGCCACUGCGAAAGUUGCCAGCGCUGGCUCGCCGAACGUUUCCAGCUGCGCGGACGCGCCUUUUCCCUCGGCGAGCGACCGUUGCUUCGACGACCGCAGCCCUAACUGGACUAGUGCUUAGGAAACAAUUAGAUAGACACUAAACCAAAAAAAAAAGAACAUCAUUUUGUCAUUGCAGAGCUGUAGAAAUAGGAUAAUGAAGUGAGUGGAAGCAGUGUCCGUCUGAUAAGGAAUGGAAGCUCAUAGGAA